CAUAUAUGCAAGGGGGGCUAGUCAGCUGAGUGAAAGGAGUCCAUAGUUUAGCUAAGUGUCAGGCCAAACAGGUGUCUUUCUGGAGAAAUAUUCUUAAUUUAGAAAUCUGAAGGAACAUUUUUUUAAAAAAGAGGGGGAAUUAUAGUAAUGAGUCUCCCUGCCUCUCUUAUAAGACAGUUGUUUCUGCAGCACAGGUUUUAGGCCUUUGAAGGCAGUGCAGAGUCAUUAGGCCCUGAGAUGACUUACAGCUAAUUAGGAUGUGAAUAUAGGUUUCUAGAGGUGAAAGUCAUAUUAAUUAAGCAGACACCCGUGUGGAGAUUUCUGCCCUGCCUUGCUAUCUUCUAUGGUGUAACAACUAGUAACUUAAAACUCCUGGUAACAUGAUGAAAGAGACCUGAGGCUGUAAAGUUUACUGAGCUGAUGGCACUGAAGUGCUCCUAAUUGAUUUUUAAAAGUCUCUUUAGCCAUGGCUUGUCUUCUUAUGGAAGAGACUUAAAACUGCCCAGGAAAGAGAGGUGUGAAUUAAACCAAGACAUGAGAAGAUAUGAGCUAUGAAGUCUUACAUUCCAUUUUUCAUUCUUCUGUGGAGUGCUUUUGGAAUUUCAAGGGCUGCCAAAAUUGUUAUUGUGCCGCCAAUUAUGUUUGAAAGCCAUCUGUACAUUUUCAAGACCUUGGCCUCAGCCUUGCAUGAACAAGGCCAUCAGACAGUUUUUCUCCUGUCUGAGGGUAGAGAGAUCCCUCCAUCUAAUCACUACAGACUGCAACGUUACCCAGGGAUCUUUAAUACUUCCACUUCAGAUGAGUUUCUUCAAUCCAAAAUGAGGAGUAUCUUUUCUGGGAGACUAACAGCCCUGGAACUGUUUGACAUUCUGGACCACUAUUCCAAGAACUGUGAUAUGAUUGUGGGCAAUAAGAAACUCCUACAUGCCCUGAAGCAAGAAAAAUUUGACUUGCUGCUUGUAGAUCCUAAUGAGAUGUGUGGAUUUGUGAUUGCUCAUCUUUUAGGAAUUAAGUAUGCUGUGUUUUCCACUGGUCUCUGGUAUCCAGCAGAAGUAGGUGCUCCAGCACCAUUAUCAUAUGUUCCAGAAUUUAAUUCACUUCUCACAGAUCAUAUGAACUUGCUAGAGAGGCUUAAAAACACUAUUGUUUACCUGGUUUCAAGAUUUGGAGUCAGCUUUUUGGUUCUACCAAAAUAUGAAAGGAUAAUGCAGAAGUACAAUGUACAGCCAGCAAAAUCCAUGUAUGAAUUGGUUCAUGACUCCAGCCUCUGGAUGCUGUGUACUGAUGUAGCACUAGAGUUUCCAAGACCUACACUACCGAAUGUUGUUUAUGUGGGCGGAAUUCUUACCAAACCAGCCAGUCCUCUACCAGAAGAUCUCCAAACCUGGGUGGAUGGUGCUAAUGAAAAUGGCUUUGUACUUGUUUCAUUUGGAGCAGGAGUGAAAUACUUGUCAGAAGAGAUAGCAAGCAAAUUGGCACAUGCUCUGGCAAGACUUCCUCAGAGAGUUAUUUGGAGGUUUUCAGGAAAAAAACCAAGGAAUUUAGGUAACAAUACAAAACUCAUAGAAUGGUUACCACAAAAUGACUUGUUAGGUCAUUCCAAUAUUAAGGCUUUCCUUAGUCAUGGUGGCCUGAACAGCAUUUUUGAAACCAUGUACCAUGGUGUACCUGUGGUGGGAAUUCCUCUUUUUGGUGACCAUUAUGACACCAUGACACGAGUGCAAGCCAAAGGCAUGGGGAUAUUACUAAAUUGGAAGACACUUACUGAGGACGAAUUAUAUAAUGCACUGGUAAAAGUUAUUAAUGAUCCCAGCUACAGACGACAGGCUCAGAAACUAUCUGAAAUUCAUAAAGACCAACCAAGUCAUCCUGUUGAUCGAACAGUCUACUGGAUUAAUUACAUCCUUCGUCAUAAUGGAGCACAGCAUUUACGUGCUGCUGUUUACACAGUCUCUUUAUAUCAGUAUUUCUUAUUGGAUAUUGCUAUUGUUAUACUGCUUGGUACUGCCUUAUUCUGCUACAUUUUGGCCAGGAUAGCAAAAUUCAUCUGCAAGCAAAGCAAACAUCUUUGGUCCACUAAUGAACAAACUACCAUUAAUGGACAUUAUCAAAAUGGGAUUCCAAACGGCAAGUAUAGAAGAAACGGUCACAUUAAACAUGAAAAAAAGGUGAAAUGAGCCAACUACCCAAUGUACAUUAGCAAUGAAUCAAUUCCAUAAUUGAAUUUUAUAGCUGUAACUUAGUCUAACACCUACUUAAAGUAAAACAAUAAACAGUUCUAAUGCUCCCCUACAGUAUGUAAUUUUAUGCAAUUAAAUUCUGCAGAACUAAGGAAAAUCUUUAGAAAAACAAAGCACAACCUAAAAUGCAAAAUGUAUUUUAUUCUUAAUACUGAUUCAGAAAGGCACUGAAGUUUUUUUAGAAGCCUUAAUUCUCCAAAGUAUUUCAGUAAGUAUAUUUAUGAUUUCCAUUAGUGAAUCUAAAUGUGUGCGUCCCAGAUAAAGGCAAUGUUUCCUUUUACUUGCAAAAGCUCUUCCCUUUCUCAUAUUCUCAUUGAUAUUUUAGCAAAGAGAUUUUUGUUUUAUUUUUCGAAGGUUCAAUGUUAUCUGACAAUGAAGUUAAUUGAUGUCACUUUUGCGGUGUUGAGUAUGGAACAGUAGACAAGUAUAAAUGCAGCCAUAAAAAUCAUAUUCUUACAAGAUACUGAAGAAUAUGAUCAAAAUACCAUACUUUUGAUAUUCUACUUAAUUCUGCCUUUUUCUUCCAUUUCUUUAGAGAAAAGGAAAUUGCACAAGAAUACCGUAAGCUGUAAUUUUAUAUUUAUGUAUAUUUCAGUUUCAUUCUUUAUCUUUCCCCACAUCCAUAAUUUUUGGCAUUUUAAAGAUGUUUUAUUCUAAUAAUUAAAAGGGCUGUGUGGAUAGAAUAGAUAGAUUUAUUUAAAAAAAUGAAGCAGAUUGAGAGAGAAAUCUGUCCUGGGCUCUUUGGAAAAGGAUUUUCUUUGUCCCUUGAGCAAUGCAGAGUCAAACCAUUUUGGAAAUUUGUUAUAAAGUUGAAUGUCGUUGCUAUUAUAUUAUUAUAAUUAAGUCCUGCCCCCAAACCACAGUGGUUUAGAGGUUCACUUAGUUCUGUCUGUGUUCCCUAUGAAAGUCUGGGCCACACAAUCCAUGUUACAUAGUUGCCAACAUCAAUCCUUUGAAUCAAAUGAGGCUAUCCUUUUGGUCAGUUACUGCUGUCUUUGUAGAGGUUUGAUAUCAUGCAUGACAUUAAACCUAGAAAACGAAUUAGAAAAUUUACUUCUGCUCACACUCAUAGCAUCCUUUUAUGCACAACACUCUUUCAAUCACUGUGAUUAAUACAGGAGUUUUCUGGUUUUAAACAGAGAAUGGGAUUCCAGGGCACUGAAAAAAAUAUUGGGACUGUCCUGAUAAACAAGUGUUGGCAACUAUGAGUUCAUUAAUUUCCAUGUCAUUCUGUUUACAGUACUUGGAAUUUGCACUGCACAUGUUGUAAGUGUAGACUUUUAUUUAUUUUCUGUUUCAAAUCCCAUGUCUGACAGUGGUAGGGGAAAAAGUAUAGCGAGUAUUGUUUUACUAACAUAGGAAGAGUUCUGAAAAACAACAGAAUACUAAAAUCCUCUUCGUACACAGUGACAUGAUAUUUCAUUAUUAUCCCAUCAGGAGCCUCUAUCUUAUAGCAAUAAAGUAGCAUUGCAAAUAAAUUUCUAAUAUUCGGUACAGGCAAUUGUACUGCUUUCCAGAUACUUGAAAAAAUUGUAUUAUCAAUAAGCCUGUUAGCUUUAUCUUUUUACAAUCCUAUCAGUAUGUGGUAACUAAAGGAACUCAAAGAGGCAAUGAGUGGUGGGAGAGUGACAGGACCUAGAGUGUAUGAAUGAGUUGGUUUCAAUGUUUUUCGUAUUAAAGAAGGUACACAAGCACUGACCGGAUGAUUAAGAAUAAUUUAAUCUCCACUGUGAUACAAUUUAAGCAAUAAACAUGGAUUUAAUAUAGAAA